AUGGACGUGGAUGCUGAGCAAUGGGGUGGUGAUGACAUUAAGAAAGGAGCCUGGACUCCGGAGGAGGAUGCACUCCUAACAAAGUUGAUAACAACUUAUGGCACAAAGAACUGGAGCAUCGUGGCGGCUGGUAUAAGGGGACGGUCGGGUAAAAGCUGUCGCCUUAGGUGGCACAACCAGCUAAAUCCUGACGUUAAGAAGGAGCCUUUCUCAGAGUGGGAGGACGCCGUAAUCAUCUUGGCCCACGAUGUGCACGGCAACAAAUGGGCUGCCAUCGCCAAGCUGCUCUGCGGCCGGACGGACAACAGCGUGAAAAACCAUUGGAACGCAACGUUGAAGCGGAAGGUAGGGGAGGCGCCGUUGGUGUCUGUGUUUUCAUUUGGUUGA